AUUUUCACAUUCUCAAGCUUUUCUUUCAUCCCAACUUUAUUCUAGCUAGUUUCGUCUCUACAAAAACCCUUUUCUUUUCUCAGAAUCAUAAACAACCUCCAUAGUUUCCAUUCCUUCUGCAUUUCACAUUUGGUAUCGAAUCGGAUAAAAAGGACUUCUCUUUGUGUUGGAUUAACGAUGAAUAAGAGAAGUGAAUCUUAUCUAGAAGAAGAAGAAAUAUGAGAUCUUUGAGCAGUGUGGGACUUGCUCUAAGCAUAGUCUUUGGUUGUUUGCUACUAGCUCUUCUUGCUGAGCUCUAUUACUUGCUUUGGUGUAAGAAGAGGUCGACGACGAGAAGACCUGAUUUUCGUAAUGACUAUUCUACCCCUGGAACCAGAGAGCUUCUCUUUAUCUUCUGUUGUAGUAGUAGCACAAACCCUUCUUCUUCUCCUCUUUCUUCUUCCUCUUUCUCAAACCCUAAACCCAUUGAAACUCAACAACACUGUCCUCUGAAUAAUGGUUUUGAGAAUGUUGGUGGUCCAGGGCUUGUGCCGAGGUUUCUGUUCACAAUCAUAGAGGAAACAGUGGAAGAAAUGGAAUCUGAAGAUGUGGUUUCCACAAAAGGAAAGAGUUUGAAUGAUUUGUUUCUUAAUAUGGAAAGUGGUGCCAUAACUCCUCCAUAUCUCACUCCUCGUGCUUCUCCUUCGUUGUUCACGCCUCCUUUAACUCCAUUACUAAUGGAAUCUUGUAAUGGUAGAAAAGAAGAGAUCUCGAGUUUCUUCGAGUCAUCGUCUGAUGCUGAGUUUAAUAGACUAGUGAGAUCAUCUCCAUUGUCAUCAUCACAUUCACCAUCAUCAUCUUCAUCUUCGCCAUUGUCGAGAUUCAAGUUCUUAAGAGACGCUGAAGAAAAGCUCUACAAGAAGAGAGUGAUGGAGAUUGCAGAAGCUGAGUAAAUUCAAAGGGCUAAAAUUGGUACACAGUUCAAGAAUCGGAUUUGUUCAAGUUCAAUCAAGAAGAUGAGGUCUUGGAGAAAACCAGGGAUGAUUAAUAGAAUUAGACCGGUUUUUUGGUCUGAUUUAAUCAUCCUUAAUCAUCAACACUUUUUUGGUGGAUUAAACCGAUUGUAAAUUU